AUGAACGGAGAGGAAGAGGAAAAGAUCACUCAUUUAGAGAACGAGGAUAAAUUCACCGUGAAUGGGAUUGAAUACGAAAUUCGCUUUUCCGCGAAAAAAAUGAAGAUCUCGACCGGCUAUUGGGUCAGAACAGAGGAGAGAAAAGACGAUUCUCCAGUAGAACUCACAGGCUGGAACGAUGUCGGAAAGGGCUUCAUGUAUUUCUGCCCCGAGGAUCAAGACAGCUUCUCGAGCCCGUGCGUCUUUUUCUUUGACAUGGACCACACGAUUAUCAAGCCAAAGUCCGGUGGAAAGUUUCCCGAAAACGCUAGCGACUGGAUUUGGUGGGACAAGAAAGUGCCCGAAACGCUUAAAAAGCUACAUGAAAACGGGGCGAGAAUCAUCUUUAUUUCUAACCAAAAGAGCAUGGAGACGGAUAAAACGUUGAAAGAAGAGUUUCAGGAGAAGAUAGCGCAAAUACAAGACAAGUUAGGCUUCCUCUUUGAAGUUUGCGUCGCCAGCGGCAGUGGAAUGUUCCGAAAACCAUCACCCGGCAUCUUUUUCUUUCUGAAAGAGUUCAUUCGUCUCGAUCCAAGGAGUUGUGUAAUGGUGGGCGAUGCAGCCGGCCGCCCGGCGAAUAAAAUAUCUGGAAGAAAAAAAGACUUUUCAGCGUCCGAUCGACUCUUCGCCCUCAAUUGCGGAAUAGAUUUCCGAACACCUGAAGAGUUCUUUCUCGACAGGCCGGCGGAGGAAUUCCAGAUUAAAGAACAUGCCACGGCGAAACUUAAAGACAACUCGGCCAAGUUUCAGAAGAAUGUAGACAUUCUAAAUUCUCAUCUCAGCGAAAAACAGUCCUUGGUAAUUUUUACUGGCUAUCCUGGCUGCGGAAAGAGCUCGUUUGCUAAACAGGUGAAGAAAAGCCAUCCAGAAAUAGAAAUUCUCUGUCGCGACGACGUUGGCUCAACGGAUAAAUGUCUUAGGCUCUGUAAGGAAGCACUGCAGGCGAAGAAAAGCGUAGUGAUUGAUGCAACGAAUCCAGAUGUAGCAAGUAGACAGCGAUAUCUCAAACUAGCGCACGAACAGAAUUUGGAAGCCAUAAUUUCCGUUUUAUUCGACGUAGAAAUUGAAUUAGCUAUGCACAACUGUCGAUAUCGCGCAGUAACAGGCGGAGCCGUCAUAAAAGACAUGAUUCUCUACUCGCAUCGGAAGAAAUUCGUCGCUCCGGCACGAAACGAAGGCUUCACAGAAAUCAUUUCAAUUCCAUUCGAACCCAAAUUCCGCGUUGAUUAUCGAAGAGACGAGCUGGUCAUUUCCCUCAAGCAUCGAAUUAACGACGCAUUUGUAAAUAUGGGCUUCGGCGAAAUUCCGACGUCGAGGAUGUUGCUUUUGUCUAGAGGUCCGGAAUCGACAAUAUUCGAGCCUGAUUGGAAAUUGAUCUGGGACUUCACGUGCAAAGGGCCAGAGCCAUUUGAAAUCGUCGUCUGCAAUUUGGACGUUGUUGAUGAGCUUCUCAGAAGUGCUCAGCUGCAAGUCGGUUACGCCGGGCAAAAUUUCCAAUCGAAACGUGACGACAAAACAUUUAUUAAUUCAAGCUUGCCAGUCUCGAAAAAACAAGUUAUCGACAAGAACGCAGAGCUUCUUAUAACACCAAGUAAAUCCUUCAUCCUCACGCACAAUAGUCAAACGCUCUGCGAUCUAUCUCCUCAAAGACUAGCGAAAAUGCCUGGACACAUUUACAUUCAGCCAAAGCCGAGUCUUAUCGAUGGAAAAGCCGUCAAGAAGAUCCCCUCUCUUUCCCCCAUCAACGGAAAAAAUAUCAGCUGUGGGGAUUUGAAAAGCCCAUUAUUUCCAUCUCCCAUCGCUCAGUCAAUUUAUUCAUCAAAAAAGACCAAAAGAAAGCUCACUUGCAUCCAGCCCAAGUCGACACCCAACCCAAAGCUGGACCCCAAGCUUCCACCCCGCUGGCAACCCAAGUCGGAAAGCGACUCGUUCAACAUUUGCAUCGCAAGCCCACCAAUCACUGUUAAAUCAAAGCGGAAAACGAUUCAAGAAGUUAAUGUUGUGGCUGAUAAUAGAACCAAACGUGUGAAAAUAUUAGAUAAAAAUAUCGUUCCUGAUUCCCAAUUUAAUCCCCGAAAACAGGCACAAAUUACAGAGUCUACUCGUCAUGCUAAACUUCGGUACUUAGCUGGCUCCGGGGAUCAGCUGUUUUUUCCAACUCCACAGAUUAACGAGGAAGCGAUUAAAGCUCAAUACCCAAAGAAAUACGAGCUUUCACGAAAGUCAAAAGUUCCAGUUGCAGCGCCUCAGACGAAACCUCUGCCAACUUUGGAACAACUUGAAAAUUACAAAUAUACCAGUGUAGCUACGAAUAAACCUUCGACAUACACUAAAGCAGAUGGUCCGGAGAUAGAGCCGAAAAAAGUCAUUCAAAAGCUGAUAUUCCCCCAAAACCCGCUGCCUUUGACGCCUAACACCCCUGACAAAAACUGCUGA